AUGCCCCAGAAGCCGCAAAAUGACCCAGACAUGGGAAUCUACUCGGCUGUGUACUCUGGCGUGAAUGUCUACGAAAUGGAGGUCAAUGGGGUCGCCGUCAUGCGGCGCCAGGCCGAUGGCUGGCUCAAUGCCACUCAGAUCCUGAAGGUCGCCGGAGUGGAUAAAGGCCGUCGCACCAAGAUUCUCGAAAAGGAAAUACAGACAGGCGAGCACGAGAAGGUGCAGGGCGGCUAUGGCAAAUACCAGGGCACCUGGAUUCCGUUCGAGCGUGGCUUUGAAGUCUGCCGGCAGUACGGUGUCGACGAAAUCCUGAUGCGGCUCCUAACGCACAAGAGGGGCCAGGAGGGCGCAGGGGCUGAUGUCGAUACACCGACCAAGGAACAGGCCAUGGCGGCCCAGCGGAAGCGCAUGUACAAUGCGAGCUCGCAGGAGAAUCGCGGCAAUGGACUGUCCGGGACCUUCUUCAAGAACAUCUCCUCCACAGCCUCCCAUGCCAUAAACGCUAUCAGCAAAGCGCGGUUCGACUCGCCAGGGCCACGAAAUCGAAGCGGGCCUAGCCGGGCUCCCAGCUUCCACCGACAGUCGUCGAUGCAGGAUGGGGAAUUUCCCCAAAAUUCACAACAGAGUUUCGUCUCUGACUAUGGCCAUGGCGAUUCUGCCCUUGGAUCCCAAGCCACCCAACUGGCGGCCGGCGAAAACGACCAGCCUCCUAGGAAACGGCAACGAAUUCACACCCCAGCUCACAGUUUCGGAGGAAUGACGCCGACAUAUCCCCAGAUCGAUGGAUACGCAGCAAACUAUCCAGGAUCGCCCACGGAGCCAAACGAGUCGUUCAUCUAUUCUCAAGCGGGCGUCCACAUCGAACACGAGCCCAACUACGCCCCCGGCCCGCUCCGGCCUCUCCCAUACGACAUGUCGCCGGAAGCAGAGGCCAGGCGGAGCAUGCUGAUGGGGUUAUUCAUGGACCCCAGCGGUCCGGACGAGGCGAAACGGAAUGUCCUGCGCAACAUGAUCCCUCAGGAGCUCGACGCUCCCAUCGACACACAGAGCCAUACCGCCCUGCACUGGGCUGCCACCCUCUCCCGGAUGCCAUUGUUGCGGGCACUCAUUGAGGCCGGCGCAAGCCCGUUCCGCGUGAACGCGGCAGGAGAAACGGCGCUGAUGCGGGCCUGCAUCGUGACCAACUCGAUGGACCACAAUUCGUUUCCCGAGCUUCUCGACGUCCUGGGCGUGACGAUUGAUGUGAGGGACGACAAGGGCCGGACGGUGUUGCACCACAUUUCCGUGACAAGCGCGGUAAAGGGGAGGAACUCGGCGAGCCGCUAUUAUCUCGAGAGCCUGUUGGAGUGGGUUGUGCGCCAGGGCAGCGCGCCGAGCAGCCAGAACGUCGGUGGCAGUUACUCGGCGCCGGCCAGGAUGGGUAUCGGCCGGUUCAUGAGCGAGAUUGUCAAUGCGCAGGACAGCAGCGGCGACACGGCGCUAAAUAUUGCCGCCCGCAUCGGCAACCGCAGCAUUGUUUCGCAGCUGCUCGAGGUGGGCGCAGACCCAAACAUUGCCAAUCGUGCAGGCCUACGGCCGAUAGACUUUGGUAUCGGCGCGGACGAGGGCCAUCGGAACGGCGAGGCGGACGGGAACGGCGGGGCUCAGGGUUCGAGCCAAAAGACGAGGGAGAACAGCGACGAGGUGGUGAAUUCCAUCACACACCUCAUCAGCGAAUCUUCCUCACUGUUCCAGAACGAGCUCAAGAAGAAGCAGGAAUCCAUCGACACGCUGCACGCCACGUUACGGACGACGUCGGCCCAGGUCGGCGAAGCGCGCCGCACGCUCGAGGCGCUGCAGGAGAAGCUCAAGGCGCAGCAGCUGGCACGACAGAAAGUGGUCAACCUCAAGCGGGCCUGCCAGGAGGAGGAGUGCCAGCUGCUGCAGAUCGAGCAGCGGCACGGGAGGCUGGACGUGGCGAGCGCCAACGCGUGGGAGGUGGAGCUCGAGAUGGUGCUGGAUAGCAUCGCGCAACAACAGCAGCAGCAAACGGGAGAGAAUAACGCCGACUAUCAUCAUCAGGAGCAACAACUCGCGAGGUUACCGAACGCGGCCGUCCUCCGCGCGCGCGUCAACGCUCUCAGCCAGGUGUCGGUGCAGACGCAGCGGGCGGUUGAGGCGCUGAGAGCGCGCAGCAAGGACCGCGAGCUCAAGUACCGGCGGCUGGUGGCGCUUUGCACGCACCGGCCCGAGGCGGAGGUGGAUGCGCUGCUGGACACGCUGACGAGGGCGGUCGAGUCGGAGAGGGGCGAGCUGGAGAUUGCGCGGGUCAGGAGGUUUUUGGGGGGUGUUGAGGGUGUUGCGUAA